UUUUCCCCGACUAUCAUUGCUGACAACGUUCUGCAAUGAAAAUUUUGUGAAUUCGUUAUUUACAUCAGUUGAAACUAGCUAAAAUUGCGCUCAAUCACAAUGAUGCUCAGCGAAGGAGCAGUCGUCCUGGAGGACCUGCACCAGCAAAUAGAGGAAACCAUCCACUACUGCUACGUGUGUAACAUACCGGUUUCCAACACCACCAACAACCUAUGCCAUCUGUUCUCGAUCAUGAGCGAGGAAGACGAAGCUCUAAGUCCGGCCAACAUUCUUGCCAAUAUGCUUCAGUUGGACAUAACGCCGGAACUUUCCCACUCGCAAGCAAUCUGCAUUCAAUGUAACCUACUUUGCAACGAGUAUCAACAGCUGCUUGAUCGAUUGGAUUCCAUCAAACUUCAAGUGACCGUUAGCUACAACAGUACGGUUACCAAGCUGGCAGCUAGCUUAACGGCUAAGGAACUGGUUGAAGCAGAAGCCGAGGCAUUGGAUGAUUCCAGCAUGUCCCAGGAUCUUGGGCUAACAGAUACUGAUACUGAUAUGAUAGCGAUUCCACUGGGCGAUCUUACGGGUGUUGUUCCAGUCACAUCCGAUGUUGCAAUAGAGUCCGACUCAGAAACUACCACCGAAACCAUUAUGCAGCGAAUGCCAAAGCUUCAUCUUAUUCCUCGACAAACCGAACCCUCGGAAGCACUUUCCCCAUCGAAGAACAAUUCUCGUUCAAUUAUAAAAGUUCUACAAAAUCCUAUAUCCAGCCAUUCAACGGGCACUUCCAUCGAAAGCGACAUCGACAUAUGUGAGGUUCCCUCGACGGCAAUCACAAUGGAACAGUUCUUCGACGGUGGCGACGGAAACAUGGUGGAAAUUAUAACCGAUGCCAACUCGACGGACUACAUUUACGAAAAUGUGAUCGAGACCAUUGGUGCACCGGAAGAUGACGAUCCCGGUGAAAGCGAGGAUGAAGCAUGCAGCUCAAUAUUGGCCCUCGAAGGAGGCAGCUCCACGACUGCAAAGAUGAGCGAAGGCGAUCAGCUGGUGGAGAGUCAUUCGGAAAAGAGUUCGGAAUUUACUAUAUCGGAGCAGGCCUUCGGACAGGAAGCGGAUCCCGACAGUGCUCAGAUCUUGAUAGCCGCGGCGAACGAGAGCCUGAACCGCAUGAAGGCCAAGCUGGAAUCGCUGUUCUUCAAAACCAAUGACAACUACUACUGCGCUCUGUGCAACGCCAACGGUGGCCCAUCGACGGCUCACAACGUGAAAACCGUCGCCAUCCAUCUGAAGAACGACCACAACGAAAAGAUCCUUAUCUGCGAGCACUGCGAUGCGGUGUUCCGCCGGCGUACGGAAUACAACCAACAUCUGGACCACCAUGUGGCCCAGGAGCUGACCGAUUUCCGUUGCGAUGUCUGCCAGACCAAGUUCAACAACAUCCGGUCACUGCGAAUGCACCGCAAGAAUCACGUGGCCACGCCCAAGGUGUGGUCCUGUGAGGUCUGCGAGAAGAAGUACAGCUCCAAGAAUCUGCUGGACGAGCACAUGAACAUGCACUCGGGUAAGCGCCCGUUCAAGUGUUCCCUUUGUCCGAAGGACUUCGCCUCCAAGUACACCCUGACGGCUCACAUGAAGAUCCACCAGGAUCGGGAGCGACUGUACAGCUGCAAAGAGUGCAACAAAGGCUUCUACAGUCAGAACAAUCUCCUGCAACAUGAGAAAAUCCAUUCCGGCGUGCGGGAUUACUGCUGUCCCGAUUGCGGGAAAACCUUCAUGUCCCAACACAAUCUGGACAUCCACAAAAUCGUCCACCUCAACUACAAACCCUUCAUCUGUCGGACGUGCGGAAAAGGAUUCGCCCGGAAAGCGGAAAUCAAAGACCACGAACGUACUCACACCGGAGAACGUCCGUUCGUUUGCGACAUUUGUGACGCUAGUUUCUCCCAGCGGUCUAACCUACAAUCGCACAAACGGGCAACGCAUUUCAAUGACAAACGGUACAAAUGCGACAUCUGCAGUCGGUGCUUCAAACGCCGGCGGUUGCUGGAUUACCACAUCAAGGCAUGCCACACCGGCGAACGACCGUACAAAUGCGAUGUCUGCUCGGCGACCUUUGUCUACCCGGAGCACUUCAAGAAACAUCAGAAGAUCCACACCGGGACGAAACCGUUUGCUUGCGAGGUUUGCAGCAAAACCUUCAACAGCCGGGACAACCGGAAUGCCCAUCGGUUCGUGCACAGCGAUAAAAAACCAUAUGAGUGCGUCACCUGUGGAGCGGGAUUCAUGCGAAAACCCCAGCUGUACUCGCACAUGCAACAACGGGGCCAUCUCAACGAUACAAUCGUGGUCAACCAGCCGAGGAUAACGAGCGAGGAUAUGCUGGAGUUUGAUACCACCACUGACUCGAUAGGAGACCCGGUCGAGUUCGAUACCAAGGAUGGAAUCAUUCUGGAGGAAGACGUUGACGGGGAGCAUAUUCUGAUGAGGGAUGAGUACUAUAUCGAGGAAGAAGAUAUCGAAGAGGAGGAAGAAGAUGAAGAACUACACACGGUCAUAGCUGGUACGAGCAGCAGCAGUAACAGCCAGACGGCGACUCAGCUGCACCUUCCCGAUGCGGUGGAGCUCUCGGAAUCGACAGCACUGCUGGCGUCUAGCGAAGGGUUCAUCGAGGAAUCCGACAUCAUUAGUCAUGAAGUCGAUGACGAGGGGCUGCAACUGGUGAAGCUGAAGAUUACCAACCCCGACGGGAAGGAAGGCAUCACAUGGGUCAAUUUGGUUUCCCAAUGAAAUGUGGGUUGAAGAUUUGGAACAUUUGGGUACCUAGGUACUUCCAAAGAUAGCUAUUAUUAUAAUAAUAGGUAAUGAAAGUGAAGAAUUCGGCUAAAAGUGUUGAAAUGCUUUAAAGUAAGUA